AAAGCUCAGAAGCCAGGCGUCUUAAUGGAGGUAAUCAAAUCUCAAUCCAAACCGGUCCUGGAGAUGGAGAAUGUGCUUGGCAUGAAGGGUGGAGAUGGAGAAUCUAGCUAUGCCAAAUCCUCUUCAGCUCAGCUAAACAUGCUUCAAGCUGUCAAACCAAUUCUGGAGCGGGCCAUUUAUGAGAAUAUGAUAUUGAUGUCUGAUGUGGGAGGGAUAUUUAGGAUAGCAGAUUUCGGUUGUGGUACUGGGAAAAAUACUCUUGUGGUGGCAAACACCAUUGCCAAUGCUGUGAAACGCUCGUUUGAGGAACAUGAGAUGCCAGAAUUUGAGGUGUAUUUCAUCGACCUUCCUUCUAAUGAUUUCAAUUCACUGUUUCGAAUGUUGCCUCCCCACAGACCAGACUAUGCUGAUGUUGAUAAUGAUGGUGAUAACAAUCCAUUAGCUGGAAGGUCUUAUAUUGCAGCGGGUGUGUGUGGAUCACAUUUCAGACGUCUACUCCCACGGAAAAGCCUGCAUUUCUGUCACUCUUCUACCAGUCUUCAUUGGCUUUCCCAGGUGCCAGAGAGUGUUCAGCAGAGAAGCUCUCCUCGUGUGUACGUUUCAGGCGAUUGUGAGGCAUCAGUGGGAGCUGCGUAUUUACAGCAGUUUGAUAAAGAUUUCACAGCGUUUUUAAAGGCCCGGGCAGAGGAGAUCGUUGAUGGGGGAUACAUGUUUGUAUCUCUGCCGGGUCGUAAUGAAGGAACCCACAUAAUGGAGGAGCAAGGUCCAUGUGGAUUUGUUGCGCGCCAAAUAGAAUGCGCAUUUGAGGAACUAGUUAACGAGGUUGAUACAAUGCUCUCUCAUUUUCUCUUGGGUAUUGUUGAAAAGGAGAAAUGGGAAACGUUUAAGAUACCUUUUUUUGGUCCAAAUUCAGAUGAAGUGGAAAGGAUUGUGAAGAAAGAGGGGUCAUUUGUAGUAAAGCUUGUAAAAACUCUAGAAGGAAUUCAUGCAUAUUGUAUGACAGAUUUCGAAAGAGGUGAAGCAAAUAUUUUUGGGCGACUUAUAGCCAACAAUUAUAGAGCAGCACUUGAAAAUAUUGUAGAAGCUCAUUUGGGAUGCAAGAGAUCAACAGAAGAAUUGUUUCUUAGAAUUGGUAAACGAGCUUCUAUUCUAGUAGAUGAAUACAUCUCCAGAGAAACAAAGCAUGUUGUUGCCUUUCUCACUAAGAAAGGAGCACACAACAAGACCUAUUAA